AUGGCGCCGACUGGAGACUCGACGACGGCGACGGAGCGGACCGCCGCCGACGACUGGCUCCCCAUCACGUCCUCCCGGAAAGGCAAGUGGUGGUACUCCGCCUUCCACAACGUCACCGCCAUGGUCGGCGCCGGCGUCCUCAGCCUCCCCUACGCCAUGGCCGAGCUCGGCUGGUAAUCCUCAGCCACAUUCAAAUCUCUCUCUCUGUCUCUCUCUAGAUUGAUUGAAAGAAAAUGAAGAUGAAUGAACAGGGGGCCGGGGAUGGCGGUGCUGGUGGUCUCCUGGGUCGUGACCCUGUACACGCUGUGGCAGAUGGUGGAGAUGCACGAGAUGGUGCCAGGGAAGAGGUUUGACAGGUACCACGAGCUAGGGCAGCACGCGUUUGGGGAGAAGCUCGGGCUGUGGAUCGUGGUGCCGCAGCAGCUGGUGGUGGAGAUCGGGGUCAACAUCGUCUACAUGGUCACCGGCGGCAAGUCCCUGAAGAAGUUCCACGACACCGUCAGAAGAGAAGGACAGAGCAUGAGAACCAGCUACUACAUCGCCAUCUUCGCCUCUCUCCAGUUCCUCCUCUCCCAACUCCCCGACUUCAACUCCAUCACCAUCGUCUCCGUCGCCGCCGCCCUCAUGUCCCUCGGGUCUCUUCUCUCUCCCUCUCUCUCUCUUUCUCUCCCCCCCAACAAAAACCGUAACCCUGAACUCAACUAUUCUGAAGCCUCUCUCUCCCUCCCUCUUUCUCCAAAACCCUACAUGUAAUCACCACUAUUCUGAAGCAUUUCUCUCUCUCUCUCUCUCUCUCUUCUUGCAGGUACUCGACGGUGGCGUGGGGGGCGGCGGCGGCGAGGGGGAGGCAGCCGGAGGUGAACUACGGAUACAGGGCGGAGACCACCGGCGGUGCUGUGUUCGACUUCUUCAGCGGCCUGGGUAACGUGGCCUUCGCCUACGCCGGCCAUAACGUGGUGCUGGAGAUUCAGGCGACCAUCCCCUCCACCGAGGAGAAGCCCUCCAAGAAGCCGAUGUGGAGGGGAGUGGUGGCGGCCUACGCCGUCGUCGCCGCCUGCUACUUUCCGGUGGCCGUCGCCGGCUACUGGGCCUUCGGCAACGCUGUGGACGACAACAUUCUCAUCACCCUCUCAAGGCCAAGCUGGCUCGUCGCCGCCGCAAACAUGAUGGUGGUCUUCCACGUUGUCGGAAGUUACCAGGUGAGGAGGAGAGAGCUCCGGCGCCGUCGUCUUCAACCUCUGUAAUUUACUGCGGUGCCUUUCUCAGUGCAGGUCUACGCCAUGCCGGUGUUCGACAUGAUUGAGACGUUCCUGGUGAAGAAACUGAGCUUCCGUCCCUGUUUAACCCUCCGCCUCGUUGCCCGAAGCGCCUACGUUGGUAGGGUCCUCUCCCUCUUCUUCUCCCCCUUCUUCUUCUUCUUUUUCUUCUUCUUCUUCUUCUGCAACACUGUGCUCCAUUAACCAUCUUCUUCUGUCUCCUCCCCCUUCUCCACCUCGUCUUCUUCUUCUUGUCGUUCGUCCCCAUUAUCGUCGUCGUCUUCUUCUUCUUAGCCCCGUUCCUCUUUCCAAUAAGGGAAGGGAAGGUAAACCUAAUCUUCUUUGUCGUAUUCACGAAUCGCACGCAGCCUUCACCAUGGUGAUCGCCAUAAUGAUUCCCUUCUUUGGGGGGCUGCUCGGCUUCUUCGGAGGGUUCGCCUUCGCCCCCACCACGUACUUUGUAAGCAACGACAACUCGACCACCUCAACUGCCCUCCCCAUCACUAACUCUGGUUCUUCUCCAGCUCCCCUGCGUCAUGUGGGUCUCUCUCAAGCGCCCGAGGAGGUUCAGCCUCUCAUGGAUCGUCAAUUGGGUCAACCCUCCCUCCCUCUCUCUCUCUCUCUCUCUCUCUCUCUCUCUCUCUCUCUCUCUCUCUAUCUAUCGAUCAUCUAUACAUAUAUAUAGUCUAUGUAUUUCUCUCUCUCAAGCUUCAUGUUCGUGAUGUGUGGGUUCCAGGUUUGCAUCGUAUUGGGGAUGCUUCUGAUGAUCAUAUCUCCGAUCGGUGGUCUACGGCAGAUCAUCGUGGACUUCAGGACUUACAAGAUCUUCUCGUAA